AUGCUAUUUAAAAUCUAUUUUUGGUAUUACCGUAGCUUCGCUUUACUCAAAACAAGUAACUUUUCUAGUUGGGAAGAUCCAAUGAUUCAAAGACGGCCUCACCCCUUGUUCGAACCCAUGAAUCUCAGCCUAUUUUUGGAACGUCUAGAUGCACCGAUCGAAAGGAUCGAAAUUCGCCUAAUUGAUGAAAAUUCCACGUCCAAUGCCGUUUUGGAAUCGGCUGCAGCACGGCCUCAACCACUUCAACCAUCGGCCGUUGGAGGUGAUAACACAGCAAAUGCAAUCGACACAAAUACUGGAUCAGAUGAUCAGUACGAUGUGAGGUACAAAAAGGUCGAAUACGUGAGUGAUGUAAUGCUGACUCGUCAAGAUAAUUCUCCAACUGAGUUGGUUGCAGCUCGUUCACCAGACAUUAAUGAAAAUACUGCCUCCACAGCAACAGGUGAAUCGCCCACGCAUGGCGAUGAGGCAACUGACGAAAAUACACCCAGAACCAAGGCAAGGGCUUGGCUAUCGUUUUCAAAUGGGACGCCGUCCGAUAACGACGAUAUCGAUGUACUUGCUCCAGAGGUCGAGGAAAGCAGCUCGGUAGGGAGAUUUACGAUUUAUUUUUCUCAUUCUGGUGAAAGCAGAGAAAAGGGAUUUAUGGUUGAUCCACCUAGCUAG